UUCGAGGAAUGGCGAAAGGUAUCAUAUGGGCAACAGCAGAGGAUUUAGCGAGGAACAGAGGGCGUGUUAUAUCCCUUUAUCGCCAGAUAUUGCGGAGCCUCAACUCCCCAAAUUUGCCUCUCAGCUUCGCAGCUAGAUUAGCAAAGAAGGCGGAGGUUCGUGGCAUUUUCUUGCUUGCUUCUGAAGAUCGAUCUCUUCACAAUAUUGAAGACCUAAUUGAUACUGCUGAGUACUCACUCUCUCUAUUAAGGAAGGGAGAAAUUCCCAAAUACAUUCAAUGAGUAACACUUGAUUCUCUUAUGGCAAUUUUAUGUUAGAGUCCUCUCCACCUGCAUCAGUGAGUGAUACUUGUGCAUGCCCUUGCCCUAAAUUUCUUAUAGUUAACAUUUGGGUUCUGCUAUAAUGUUUGUAUUGAAUGCUAUGCAAAGGAAAUUCAUCCACUUGAUGUUAACCUAUGCAAACAUUAAGGUUUAGAUUCUAUUUUGAUCCUUGGAGUUGUGUCUCUAUAUAUAUGUUGGCCCUUUCAAAUGUUCUUUUCAGUAUUUGGUUUCAAACUUUCUCGUUUAGAUUGUUGUAGAUCAAUAUUCUAUUUUUUAGUUUGAUAUCAAACUCAAUAUGCCUUAUUUAGAAUA